UACAGCAGGACUCCACUUCCAGCGCUGCGUUGCAGUGCAGAGACCACCACCUAUCGGGCUGCAGCCGCCACAGCAGCAGCAUGCUGGCGCAACAUGGCUGCUCCCGUGCAGACGUGCUGGGAUUGCUGUUAGCAGGAAGAAGCUGCAAACCAUGAGAGAACUCAGUUCCCCCUCUCUGCAGGAAUCAUGGAUACAAAGGAAGUAGUCCACUGUGCUCUUCAGAUAGAGAAACUGACUGUAGAGAAAAGCUACGAGAGCAUCAUGACCCUCGUGAGUGAUCUGGACGCGUGUCGUGUCACAGCAGAGCAGUUGGAGACAACAGACAUUGUGAAAGUGUUGUACAGGCUUCUAAAAACCUGCUCCGACAACAACGUGAAGAGGAAAGUCAAGAGCAUGUUGUCGAGGUGGAAGAAACAGCACGGAGAAGACGGUCGAGGGGGGAAAUGCUCGGAUGGGAGGAAGGUUUCUGAGGAGGCUGGAGUUUCUGAACGGGGGGAUUCACAGUCCGGUCAAGCUCUAACAUGUGACCACGAGGAGCAGCAGGAAUGCCCGCAGGCUAAGCCUGACCUCCAGAGUCAGAUCUCGUGUGCAGCUUCCAGCUCUGUGAGAUCUAAAUGUGUUGAGCUCCUUCUCUCUGCCCUCCACCCUGAACCUCCUGAUGGAGACAAGGCAGCGGAGCUGGCUGAAAGCAUCGAACUGCACCUCCAUGAGCUCCACGCACCCAACCAGGUCAAAUACAAAACCUGCGUGAGGAGCAAGGUGGCUAACUUAAAGAACCCCAACAACAGCCACCUACGCCGGGGCCUCCUGGGCGGCUCCCUGCGCCCGGAGGAGUUCGCCCGCAUGUCGGUGGAGGAGAUGGCGUGCUCGGAGCUCCGGCAGCUGCGGCAGGAGUUCUCCACCCGGGCUGUGAGCGAGAGGCAGCUUCCUCAAGGGGUGGAAGGGACGCAGACGCAGAAGAUUCGCUGCCAAAGAUGCGGAGGCUCGGACUGCAGGGUGACGCAGAUGUCCAGGGGGGCUCUCUUCCUGCCCGCCUGGGUGAGGCGGGGCGGCGCAGAUGAGGAUGCCAUGACCUUUGUGACGUGCAGCGGCUGCGGACAGCAGUGGUACCACAGCGGCUGGGUCUGCCUCUGAAUACAACAGUCGGGCUCAUUAGCACGGCCAGACACCAACAGAAUUAUUGUGUGAAUUAUAGGGAUGGACUAAAAAAUGUAUCACGAUAAUUUCUGGCAUUUAUCCCAAUAACUAUAAAAAAAAUACCAAUUCAACUCCACCUUUGUAACUAUAAAUCUAUCACCACAUUCAGUCUUUGGAGCCCCCAAAACACUGCUCUAAAAGAUACUAAAUGCUACUGAACUACACCAAUUAAAUUGAAUUAAUAAAA